CAACAUGCCUGAAAUGAGCAAAAACCUUGAAUCCUACCCUCCUGUCUUUCGCCAGCUGAACGGUGCUCCCCAGAUAGCUGAAAUGAAAAACUACUCCAUGGAAGACACCCAAGAUUCAGUUCCUAUUCCUCUGGUGGAUCUUCAGUGUCUUAGCCUGGAUAAGCUUGAAGAUGCUUGUAAAGAUUGGGGUCUUUUUCGUUUGGUCGACCAUGGGAUUCCUCCAAGCCUUUUGAGCAAACUUCAAGACCAUGCCAAAAUGUUAUUUUCUCUAUCCUUUGAGUCCAAGCAAGCCCUAUUGACUAGCCCUAUGUCUUACUUUUGGGGCACCCCUGCCCUAACCCCGUCGGGGGCUGCCCUAAGGGGUGCCUUGAAUAUCAAUUGGUUGGAAGGCUUAAAUGUUCCACUCAGUCAACUCCCACAGUUGCAAACUGAAGAUCCUAGGCUUGAUGGUUUCAGGCGAUUGUUGGAAGAAUAUGGAAGGCACCUUUCAAGAAUUGCUACAACCUUGUUUGAAGCAAUGGCGAAGAAUCUCAAUCUGGGUCCUAAACAAUCGGAGUCCAAGUUAGAUGAAUCCACUGGAUUCAUACGUGUUUACAGGUAUCCACCUGGCUCCUUGGCUAACGAGGCUUGGGGCAUGAUCGCACACACAGAUAGCUCAGUGCUUUCCAUAGUGAACGAAGACCAAGUUGGGGGACUUGAAAUUUUCAAGGACAAUAAAUGGCUCCUGGUUAACCCAAUUCCUAACACUCUUAUAGUCCAUAUUGGUGACAUGAUGCAGGCUAUAAGCGAUGACGAAUACAUCAGUGUGAAACAUAGAGUGAGAGUGAAGAAGCAGGAGGAACGGUUCUCAAUAUGCUACUUUGUAUUCCCAGCAGAAGGCAGUGUGAUUCACAGCUCAAAAUACAAACCUUUUACUUACACCGAUUUCCAAGAACAAGUGCAAAAAGACACCAAGACUCUAGGAUAUAAAGUUGGUCUCCAAAGGUUCAAGCUUGAUGCAGAUGCUUAAUCAGUUAUGUUGUAUUUUCUUCUAGUAAUUCCUUCAUUGUGGAAAACCUUAGAUUCAAUCCUACCCUUAAUUACUCCUCAGCUGACUAACAAUAUAUAGUCAGCAAAAAAUGCGGUGCUCAAUGGGUUCUCUUCUCUUUCCAAUAUUUCUUUCUUGCGAAGAUCGAUUGUUGUAUAAAACCAAAUGCCUGGUUGCUGAUCUAAUAUAAAUUUGUAGAGGACAUGGAAAAAACUAUGAACCAGGCCGCGGAACCCUCGAGAAAAUGAAGUAAACAAAGGAUAUGCUUUGCACUUUGCCGUUUGCUAUCUAAAUCUCAAUAUUUUAUAUUCAAAUUUUAAUACUUAUAAUCUUCUUAUGUCUUAGUUAUGAUUUUUUUAUAUAAAAGAAUACAUAUCUUAUUGAGGGUGGACUCAUUUGAUUCCAUUUCUAAAUACGUCCAAACGAUUUUUGCUAGUGAAUAGUAUAGUAAUAGUGAAAGAUGAGAAUGAAUUUAUAUUAAAGAAUGUGCAAAAGCAAACUUUCUCCUUUCUCCUUUCUCUUUUCUCCUUUGGAUGCUAAAAAAGACACUGUUUUUUUCACUGUCAAUGGUACUUUGCUUUGAGGGUAGGGGGCCCUAAUUGAUGAAAUUACACCUAAUACUUGUCGUUAAACAAAUGUCGAAGGGGCUGCAUUGUAUUUUUCAUUUUUCAGACAUCAUAUCACAACUUUACCUAAUUUGGGAUAGUUGUGAGGUAUUUGGAGAUGCAAAACUAUAUUUUGAUUUGAUAAACCCAUGUGAAUAUUGUCUCUUAUUUUUUGUUGCCUUUUUUGUGAAUGAUUAAACAAAGCCACCUUAUAUAUAUCCUUGUCCCACUAACUUAAAAACUGACAAUUAUAUGCUUGUCAU